AGUGUGGUGGUUGUCAGUCAGCUGAUACAGUAGCCGCAGCAGCGGGAUCUCUAUGGCGCAUUAACAGCACUUUAAUUCAGGUUUUAUUUUAAAACUGUGCUUUUAAAUUACUGUAUUCGUUCGGGAUGAGAUAGAGCAGUGCUGUGGGGUUAUAUUCAUAUCCGCUGUGUGUAGUUUGCGGCUGUUUUACUGUUGAUAAUCGCGCUGUUUUGGUGAAGUUGGGGUGAUUUUGAGUGAGAUGAAAAUGUCCGGACCAAACGGAGACCCUAACCUGACAGCAGAUGACGGAAUUAUUGAUGAUGAGGAUGAAUUCAAUGAGGAAGAGUAUGCAGCUAUUAACUCCAUGCUGGACCAGAUCAACUCGUGUCUGGAUGACCUGGAGGAGAGGAACGAUGCCCUGAACGGAAAACUGCACGAACUGCUGGAGUCCAACCGGCAGGCCCGGCAGGAAUUCCGGGCUCAACUGAGCCAGAAGGACCAGAAAGAUCAGAAACAGCAGCCCCCGUCUCCUCCACCACCUCCUCCUGCUUCUUCCUCUAAUGAAGACUCACCUUCCAGUUAGUCACAGUGGAGUGGAAAUUAUAUUCCAGUCCAGUCCAGUAUAGACUCCUUCUGCUGUGAUGAAUCCCUGCGAUGCUGUAGAGCUGCUCUGGCCUCAAUAUUCCUCAGCAUGUUGGUCCUGAUAUAGAUCAGUGUUCAUCACCUCCAGUCCUGCAGUCUGUCUGUCUGCACUGUGCUCCAUGUCUGCAGUAAGAUGAGGUCAGCUGAGUGGCAUAGGCUGUUUAUCAUAUCUGGCAAUAUAAUUUAAUAUCAUAUUCUUAUUUUUUUAAACUAGCUUGUCCAGAAUGUCUGUUACUGUUCCUCAGCCCUGUCCUGAAUGUUGAACUGGCACAUAGUUCAGAGUUCUUGAAUCCAGUGUCUAUUAGUGCUUCUCAAAAAAUCUCAAAAUGAAUAUCAAUGAAAAGUUACUUUAUUUCAGUAAUUUAGUUCAAAAUGUGAAACUCAUGAAAACUAAAGAAAACCCAAAAAUCAGCAUCUCAAGAAAUUUAAAACAUUUAUAAAAGACACUUUUAGCAGUGUGGGCAGUGUGCCAAGUACUGCUGGAAAAUGAAAUCCACAUCUCUAUAAAAGUUGUCAGCAGAGGGAAGCAUGAAGUGCUGUAAGAUUUUGUGGGAAAACAAAACUACACUGACUUGAGCAGAUGACAUGUCUCUCCAAACCAUCACUGAUCAUCAGUAAAUUUUACAUUUCAUUUGUAAAUCAAUGGAGCAGAGUCUGGAGGAAGAGUGGAGAGACACACAGUCCAAACUGCUCGAGGUCUAGUGUGAAGUUUCCACCAAUCAGUGAUGGUUUAAUGGAGAGACAUGUCAUCUGCUGGUGUUGUUCCACUGUGUUAUAUCAAGUCUAAAGUCAGUGCAGUGCAGCUUUUAUUUUCCAGCAGGAUUUAGAAAACUGCCUACACUGCCAAAACUACCAAUUGGUCUUAUAUAAUAUUAAACAUUUCUGAGACACUGAUUUUUGGGUUUUCAGUCUGUGUGUAAUACAUCUAUAUAAUAUGAGUUUCACAUUUUAAACUGAGUAACUGAAAUAAGGUAACUUUUCAGUGGCAUUGUACAUUUUUGACAUACACUAGUAGUUUUCAUCAAGCUAUAGCCACCUGUAUCUUCAGUACUUCUUAAUUAGUGUACUAUGCAAGUCAAGAAAUCACAAAGCAAAAUAGAGCAUUAAAUAUUUGUAAUGGAACAAAUCUAGAACAUAUAUAUAUAUAUAUAUAUAUAUAUAUAUAUAUAUAU